CGGGUGUUGACAUAUAUUUCGUUUAUAAGCGAAUCUCUCCUGUUUUGAGAGCAGCUCAUACAUAAAACACUCCCACCGAACCAAUAUAUUUAUGUGGCCAUAGCCAAAAUGAAUGUGUGCAAGCCCAAGGAAGUGGGUCCCGAUGGACUCUUUGUCCGGAAGCGCUUUACGCGUCAUCCGGUGGUGAUCUCGGCGAAGCGGUUUGCAGCCAUCAAGGGCCGUUCUCGCCAGGAUGAGAAACAUGCCCAGUUGGAGGCCGUCGAGGAGGAGCGCAGGUACCGGCAGUACCUCAAGGACGGCAACGAGCUCCUGUGCAGCCUGUUCACGGAUCCCAAUGCUCCGAAGGUCAAGAAAUCAGCCAGGGCUCAGAGCAAGGAAGCCAUGGCAGUGGUGAAGGAUGUGGACACAAAGCUGGCAGACGAGCGACUGCGCAAACAGAGGAUCCUGCGGGCCAACCGACUGCUGGAUCAACUGAAGCCUGGACCCCGAGCUCUGCACCAGGCGCUUCUCUACAGCGAAAUGAUUCACCAGAGGCAGUACAAUGAGGCCCUCAACGAGGAGAUCGCGGAGGCAGCCCGCGCCCAGGAAAGGGCCGACGAGGAGUUGUGUCCCGCUACCUUGGUGCCCUUUGGCCACGCCACCGAGGAGGAGGAGGUGACCAGGCAGACCACCAAGAACAUGGAACAUGCGCAGCUCAUGCGGGCGGACAUCGCGCAGCGGGAGAAGAUCAGGGAGGCCGAGCGGGAGCAGCGGAUCUUCGAGGAGCAGGUGGACCGGGCGCAGUACAAGUGUCUGCAGGACAAGGAGGAGAAGGCGCUCAAGGAGAAGAAGGCCCGCAAGAUCGCCUUCAAUCGCAAGGCAUACAAGGAUGCCCUCCAGGAAAAGGCGGAGAUUGCCGAACAUGAGCGCAUUUGCGACGCCAUUGACGACCGGCGCAACUGCGUCUACAUCGUGGCCAGUCGCAAUCUGGACAGUCGCUAUGGAAGCCACGUGAAGCAGCUGCGGCAAAAGUGCCAGGAGGAGAGGGAACUACAGGCACUCCGCGUCGCCCAGGCGCAGCAGGUGCUGCAAAAGAAGCUCGAGGAUCGGCAGUUGAACGCGGAGGAUCGCCACGCUUUCGAAACGGAGGUGGACCAGAACCGGCGCCAGUGCGAAAGGGAGAUCCUGGCCAAGGAGCGGCGCGCAUAUCAGAAAUUGGAGCGGGAGCAGGACGCCGAGAAGCUCCGCUGCCAGCGGGAGCUGCAGCGCUUCCAUGUGGCGCGCCGCUUGAAGAACGCCGAGGCGAAUCGCUUCUUCGAUGCCUCCCAGAAGCGGAAGAGGGACAAGGUGAAGGAGGAUCUGCGCAACGUGCUCUUCGGCCAGCGGGAGGAGUUCCUCGAGAAGCGGCGCGCCGAGCUGAUGAACCUGGCCGCCUGCAAUGAGGAUCCAUACUUGGAGGACGACAAGAAGUUCUUCGAGCAGGCGGUCGACAUCAUGGAGGAGUCCAGGAAGGUGGGGCGACCCCUGUAUCCCAUUGCCACCGCCGUGGAUCUCUACGAGCGGCAGAACCAGCUGGACAUGCGACCGGAGGGCAGGAUAGUGAAGAGGAGCCGUCUAAGGGACUACUGCUGGCCGGGAUUCUUCUCCAAGGCGGAGCUGGCCUACCGCAAGUACGAGCAGCGGGAGCAGUGCCGCGAGGAGCAGGUGGCCGAUCGCCACCAGAUCUACUGCAACUCGGUGAAGAUCAAGAAGCUGGCCGAGGUGGAGAAACCAUACACCCCCUGUGUCGCCUCCUGUCCCAUCAAUUGCUUCCACCGCCGUGGAAUGCCCGCCACGGAUAGCAAGGAGUCCUUUGACUACGCCCGUCAUGUUUGCUACACGGAUCCCCCAACGGUAGCCGCCUGCCCCGGUCCCAUGCAGGUGAUCCACAACGACCCGCUGGACAACCAGCGGAAAAUUAGCCAGCCUUCCAUGAAGCUGCCACCCAUGCCAGACUUGACCAAGAGUACUCAGCCCACUUUGCGCAGUGCUGUGGGCAAGGUUUUGAAUUCCCUUCAGAAACCCGACUCGGCUUCCAAUGCCAGGGAUUCGUCUUCCAACGUAAAAGGCUCUCCUCCGUCCGCUAGUCCACCCGUCAGCACAUCCAAGCCCACUGCACCGGAAGCAAAGGAUGUGCCCCUUCCCAAGUCGCAGCCUCCAGUUAGACGCAGGAUGAAGAGGAGCUCCAAAAGAGCUGGUUCUUUGGCGGCAUCUCCUCCAACUGGCAACGAUAGACCAGCGCCCGUGCCCAAUCCCGCUGGAACCUGGGGCUCCGGACCCCUGCAGCCAGACUCGAAGAAGAAAUCUAAGUAAGCAGGAAUCCUCGCCUGCACUUUAACAAAAUUUACGUUUCUAGGUCUUAUUGUAUUGAUGUUGUCCGUUUGCAAAGAUAAAUAUAGAAAAAUAUAGAAAAAAGGAAUGGUGACAGACAGCCAAGGAAA